AUGCGUCGAUCAACCCCCCGAUUGCCCGAGGCUUGCCUCUCGGUGCUUGCGCUUUCUUCGUGCGCAACAGCCCUCGUUGCGACUCCUCCGAAUGCGCUCGAGACGUAUUGCCCCAUUUUCUAUGCCGAAAACCAGCCUCCGACCGACUGCGAACCGAGACAGCCCACGUCCUUCCUAGAAACCCCCCAGGUUGAAAGAGAUGCCACUGCUUAUACGGCCAAGGCCCAAGACGAGCCACUCGAGGCCACCUUUGAAGCUCUUACUGUCAUGCAGCAUGACUUCUUCGUAUCGGAUCAGGGAACAUGGCCCGAAGCCAUCGACUGGACUGCGGCCGUCAUGGAAACGAUGCUGUCAGGCUCAUUGACUUCGCUCUCGCAAGCAUUGGCUGUUCUCGAUAUUGGAGGAAGCGGUGAUAAGGGGGCCAAAAGAAACCUCAUUGAUACUUUCUUUACUCAAUUAGUGGCCUCAUACUUCGGCCAGGACGACGUUGCGAUCCGCCACCAGGCUUUCGACGACAUUCUUUGGGUUGUUCUUGGUUGGAUCGACGCCAUCAAGUUUAUUGACAUACACUCAAAGCUCUUCUAUCCCCGGGAAGGCCUCAACGAAAGCGCAACGCCAGGCCUGGGAGAUGCCUUGGCGAACGGGCCCUGGCAUGGGCAAUACUGGAUACCCUCUUUUGCUCACCGGGCCAGAAUCUUCUGGGACCUUGGGUCCAAGGGUUGGGACACACUACUCUGCGACGGCGGUAUGAACUGGAACCCGAGAUUGGAGCCCUACAAGAACGCCAUCACGAACGAACUCUGGAUUGCGGCUUCGAUCUCAAUGUACCUCUGGUUUCCCGGUGAUAACAACACCACGCCGUGGAUCAACCGUGCCAGUGGUGUGGAGGCCACACGAGAGCCCAAGUACCUCGCCGCUGCCAUUGAAGGCUACAGAUGGCUCACUGGCGUUAACAUGACCAAUCAUGCCGGUCUCUAUGUUGACGGCUAUCACGUUGAUAGAUCCAAACCGGGCAACACCAAAUGUGAUCAGCGUAGUGAAGCUGUCUUCACCUAUAACCAGGGAGUGCUCUUGACUGGCCAAAGAGGCCUAUUUGCCGCCACAGGCAGUGCUUCUUACCUGGAAGAUGGGCACAGGCUGAUCCAAAACGUUAUCAAAGCCUCGGGCUGGGAUUUGACGCUCAACAAGCCAGUUGAUGACUUGUCAAAACUCCCUCCAGGUUACUUGCCCCCCUGGCGAGGCCUGGGCCGAGGAGGUGUCAUGGAAGAAACCUGCGAUGCUAGCGCGACUUGCUCCCAGGACGGGCAAACCUUCAAGGGCAUUUUCUUCCAUCACUUUGUAACCUUUUGCCAGCCACUGGACGCCGCCAUCGUUGAGCGCGGCAUGACUGUCAACGCAAAUGCGUACAAUCAAGUCAAGACGACCCACGCAUCGGCCUGUCAGGCCUAUCUGAAAUGGGUUGAGCACAAUGCUAAAGCGGCCUUGUUGACUAAGGACAGGGAAGGCCGUUUCGGUACGUGGUGGGGAGCAGGCAUUUUCUUGAAAAGUGCGCCGACAAUGCAGACGGACGGUAUUCCUCACGACGCACCCAAUGUGACUGAUUACCGUAACUACGGGCUGCCGAACGACGGCGUUUGGGCCCAUGGUAAUCCUGACGAGGUAUGGGCACCAAAUGGCGAGGCGCGCAAGAAUGAGAAGAAGGGCUACGUCCUGGUCGGUGAUGAUGAACACUCUGGACAGCAGGUUCUUGGUGGUUCUGAUAGGCAAGGAUCUCGUAAAGUGGACGAGGUCGGAUCUGAACGGCACGUGAAGUCAACGGCAGCGACUGGUGAUCCGAACGACCGCGGCCGGGGUAGGACCCCGGAGACGCAGAACGGCGGAAUGGCUUUGAUGCGGGCUUGGUGGGAGCUCGUAGCGGCGUCCAAUGGUACGUACGAACCAUAG